AUGGUGGGACAACAAUUUAUACCUUAUAGAUAUGGAGUGAAGUGGGCAAUCCAAAUGAGAAGAAAUGCAAUUAUUAUAUCUCCAGAUAACAAAUAUGUGGAUUUGGGGAUUGACGGUUCUGCUGUAAUAUAUAAUAUGGCUGAUUUAAAUAGUAAUAAUAGUAAUAAUCAUAAUAUAUAUAUAAUACCUAAUAUAAUUGAAUGGGAUACCACAGAACAGAAAAUGUUAUGUCAUUAUAUAAAUGAUCAUAUGGUGGGUUCCCCUAUCUCCAGUUCGUGUAAUAACAUCAACGGUGUUAAGAAUGAGAGUAGAAAGGAUAACACAAUGUUUAUUUGUUUAAUACCUAGUUUUAAGGGACGUUUCAAGAUGAUAGACUGGCUAUUGCACAAAUUUUGGAUAUGCUGUGAAGAAGAGAAGGAUUCUAAGAAAGAAAAAGAAGAAGCAACGCAACAUAACGAUAAUAAUGACACUAAAGGUGGCAAGAGCAUGAUGGGACCAUUGCAUGUUAGCCCAAGCCUAAUUCAAUACAUCAAAGAUUUGAUGAUUCAUCUGAGAAUGCAUAGAUUGUUGGUACCUGGAAAAGGUGGUGGUAUUCAUACUGGGACUUUAAACGAUAUGAUUAUGUUGUGUGAACUGAUUGGUUCUGAGAUCCAUGGCAGGGACUACGUUAUACCAGAAGACAUUAAGCAGGGGUUCAAAUGGUACAUACCAUGGCAUAUGAUACCUCUGCAACCAGAUCAAUGGCAGUUAGAUACAAGUUUAUUGUAUGGCAGUGAUCCUCGUUAUGUGAAGCAAUUUCACGAGAUUGUGUCCAGUGUUCGAACCGAGCCUGGCGCCCUUGAGUAUCUCAUAGUUGACGAUAUUUUGAGAAAUGUGAUACCGGCGAUUUGA